AUGUCGAUCCAAGAGGCAUCUUCACAAACAAUUGUUAAAUUGGAAGACGAAAUUUUAGAUUUGAAAAAAAUUCAAGAAGCAUCAUUACAAGUUAUUACCAAGUUCGAAGAUAUUUCAACAACACAGGUCUCAAAACCCGAAGUAAUCACUGCUAAACCAACAGAAAUACCAAAAAAUCCUGAAAUUCAUACAAAAAUUUCUGAAAGCAUAAAUAAACUUGAAGAAUCAUUUAAACUUCGA